AUGAAUACGAGAGGGGCAUGGGAAUUUCUCUGGACGGCAUUUUCGCUAUUAUGUCUGCAAACCACCGCAGCAGAACUUUCUCCAACUGGAACGGGCAGUGCCUACGCCUCUCGCUGCAAUGCCGCCAAGCAGGACUGGCAGAAGUCCCAAGGCAGGACGUUCGUGUCCGAAACGACGUACAAUUCUACGUUCACUGGGCUCGGGCAGUCGACUUCGAUCACGACCAAGACGUUCUUGAGCGAUGAUGCCGCGCCUUUUACCCUGUGUGAUGGGUACCCGAGGAUCAAUGGCUCCAGGACGAUCUUGACUGUUACGACUACGACGCCUUUUACGAGUACCAUCGAGACGAGUUCUUCGGUAUACAGCAGCUUUCCACCGCCGCGAUGUAUCAUUGAGUCUGAUGAUUGUGCUCGGCUGAGAAGUGACCUUUCGAGGAGUUUGGAUGUGUUCACGUCCUUGAACGCCGAAGGCAAUCCUACCAUGGCAUAUCCUUCAAGUCCAAUCUGUGGCCCUGCGACCUUGAUUCCAGUAACGGCUUCGCUGGGAAAGCCGGCUUGUGCAAUGCAGGAGGCUUCUGUGCGGUUACUGUACUGGCCAGUCACUGUGGCGAGUACAUGUGAUUCCUGUCAACGAGCGACUUGUCCGACUACGACUUUGGGACCGACGAUAUCGGGACAGCCGAAUACUUUCAAGACGCUCAAUACGACUCUGACUAGCCCCACGGUUUACAUCGAGUUUGUAGGCUCCUGGGCGUACACGAGCCAAGGGACGACGUUCUCCACUCCACAGACGCUGAUCGUCGCACAAGAGGCGGAUGCAGUCUCCUCUCACUGCGGGAAGCCUGGUGGUGGAUAUGGACCGCCUCGGAAAGUCAACUAUGCGGACUUCAACGAGCCAGUCCCAGCAGACGUCUACCGCUGCCAACCGAGUUGCUACGUGGAGCCUAUGCCUUUCACCUACACCGACGUCACCCACACAUACACCUACGACUUGGGAUCCACGACGCUUACCAAGACUCCCAUCGAACAGUCGUACAUCUCCGAAGCCGCUUCAAAUCUCUGCUCGACGAUCUGGAACGACUACGCGCCUGUGCUCAUGAUUCCUGAGGCUUUCAAGACGAUCAACCCGGCGGGAUUUCAGGAGCCUGGGUCGAUAUAUGGGGAUGAUAAUCCUUGCAAUUUCAUCUUCAAUGAGGAUGCGGUUCUGUUCGAUCCGCCUCUGGCUUUGACGGAGGCGAGCGAGGCUGCGAAACCGACGCUGCCGCAUGCGAAUAGUGCGUAUACGACUCCUACUGAUGCGGAUCCGACUGCCAUCGCAGCGACUACGAGUGAACCGACUGUGGCGGCACUACCGGAGAGUCUGGGUCUUACGUUGCCGUCGAAUGGGCCUGUCGCUACUGUGUACACGGAUCCCAAGCCGACAGAACAUUCUUCGCAAGCCAUCGGCGAUGUCAUCGCCAGCGUCCUAGGCAUGACAAGCAAAGGAAACUCGAACAACAGUCCACUAACCCUCGCAAUGGCCCCAGACGGCUCCGCCCUCAUCGUCAACGGCGUGACAACAACCGUCUCAGGCGCAGAUUCUGAAGCAACUGGCAUGAUCACAGUCGCCGGCAACACCAUGGGCUACACCAGCGCAGACGGCACGCUGAUCAUCGGCGAUCAGACGCUUACUCGGGGUGGAUCCGUCACACUUCGCGGAAAGAGCUCAUCGAGCCCUGUUAUCACGCAUCAGCAAGGCACCGUUGUGAGACCCCAGACGGCCGCUACAACUUCGGGGGUUUCAAUCCUGCCCGCGAAUCUGUGGAGGGGUUUGGCGUUUGUGGUGAUGGCUGUGUUCUUGAUGGUUUUGUAG